GUCAUGGGUCAAAACGGGUUCGGGUCAAAACGGGUCAAUUAUAAAAAAGGGUUGUUUUGGUUCGGGUCGAAACGGGUCUGGGUCAAAACGGGUCCGGGCCCCCAGGGGUCCGGGUCGGAAUGGGUUUCGGGUCGGAACGGGUUUCGGGUCGGAACGGGUUUCGGGUCGGGUCGAGUCAGUUUUUCUUUUAAGACAGUCAAGAGAUAAGCAUUCAAAGGGAAAACAAUGCCACAAACAUUAACUCUGCACAAAUAUUAUUAGUUUAAAUGUAUAAUCUUCGUUACAGAUAGUGACAUAUGUUUUGAAAUUGUGACGAGUACUACAAAAUUUGAAUGUCAGAUCACGAGUCAUCCAAAUUGGCUUUAACCGGUGUCGUUUUACGCCUUAGGUUAACCCAAAUUGGCUUUAACCGGUGUCGUAUUAAUAAAUGUUUAAGCGCAAUUGAUCAGGAUCAAGUGAUUUCAUAAAUGUUUUGCGACUCGGUAGACCGUUCCUUUCAUGUAACUUGGCCUAUACAAAGUACACAGAAAUUUCUUUUAAAUCUCAGAUAGGUGCGUUUCAUGGCAAGGUGGUUUAGAGUACGCGGGGAUCAGCUUGGGAACCAAAGUCAUGGAUUCGGAUGGCCUUAUGGCCCCGUGGCGUUAGUUACACCAUUCAGUUUUAGUUUUCCUGUAAAGAUCCCGGCAGUCCAGCUGAUGGGAGCUCUUUACAUGGGCAUCAAACUGGUCCUUAGAGUUGAUAAAAACAGUGAGUUUUUAAGGCACAUAAAUAACUAAUAUUUAUACCUGGGGAUCAUCUAUAUAGGUUUGCGUCUGUUCUCAUUCUUUUUGUUUAUGUAUUUAACAAUAUGUUCGUACUGUACUGUUUGGCAACAAUGUUUUUAUCAUAAUAAUGACCUAAAUAUUUAAACGAAACCAUUUACCAAAACCGCAAAAUGUUUUGACCCGUUGGACCCAUUUGAAAGCAUUUGGAAUAAAACAAAAACAAAAUGGGUUAAAAUCGACAACUCUACAUUCUCGAUUGUUUAUAGGUUGUAUAUAAGUUACUUAGCUGAGGUGAAACAAGUGUCUUGAACAUCCACUACCAACAUAUUAGGCUGCAGAAAAAAGAUGAGAUUUGACUUUCUUAGGUCAAAUAUGGUAUUGCUAAUUUGACCUUAUUUGACCACAUGGUAAUGCAGGUGAAAACUAACUUCAAUGCACCAAAAUUUGAAUGUCAGAUCACGAGUCACCAAAACAGUAUUAUAUGCAUUCUUUUUAUAGGUUGCAUAUAUACGAACCCUGCUGUUACGAAAAGAAGGCUGCAUGUUCGACAAUUUUGAAGGCUGCAUAUAUACAAACCCUGUUGUUACGAAAAGAAGGCUGCAUCAUACGAAACUACAAGGCUGUUGUUCCACAAUUUUGAAAGGUCGUGAUUAAAGGAUGGAUAAGUCUUGGAUGUUAACCGAUAGAACCAAAAAAACAUAUAUGUGGAGUUGCAGCAUUUCUAGAUUACGCAGUUCGCAAUUUGAAGAUGUCGACGAACAUCGACCCAAAAAAAACUAAACAAAAAACAAAAAUUCCAUGUCCAUGUAUAAAUUGUUUAAACCACUACUCUCUUCCUUUGGAUGAAGUGGAUCAUCACUUGUUCAAUAAGGGAAUUGAUCCAAAUUAUACAAGGUGGAUAAAACAUGGAGAAAAAGAUGAGCCAGUUAAAAAUGUGCUUCAUACAGAGUAUUUUGACACCGAAAUUCCAACAGAUGCCACGGAAACAAUAGAAAUGGUAAAUGCCACAGAAGAUAAUUUCACAGAGGACUAUGAGAAGCUUCAGGAACUACUUGUUGAUGCUGAGAAGCCCCUUUAUAAAGGAUGUCCUAACUUCACAAAGUUGUCCGCACUAGUUCAACUAGUCAACUUGAAGAGUAAGCAUGGAGUCUCAGAUAAGUGCUUUACUGAACUUCUAGUUUUGUUGAAAAAGAUGCUACCUGAAGGUAACGAAAUGGUUAACAAUACAUAUGAGGCAAAAAAGACAAUGAAGGCAAUGGGUUCAGGAUAUACAAGGAUACAUGUAUGCAUCAACGACUGCAUUCUUUACAGGAAGGAGUACAAAGACUUGGUUGUAUGUCCAACUUGUGGGAAGUCAAGGUGGAAGGUGGAUGAGAACACUAAAAUAAUGUAUGAAAAUAUUCCUGCAAAGGUAAUGUGGUACUUUCCCAUAAUACCACGAUUGAAACGACUCUUUCAAGCUAAGAGUAUAGCAAAAGAUUUAUUAUGGCACGCCACCAGUUCCAAAAAACCCGGUGUUUUACGCCACCCAUCAGAUUCACCUGCAUGGCAAGCCAUAGAUAACCAAUUUCCCGAAAUUGCUGACGAUCCAAGAAAUCUUCGGCUUGGCAUUUCCACAGAUGGGGUUGACGUAAAUAGAGGUAAUAGAAAUCAUAGUGUUUGGCCGGUUUUAGCUGUCAUUUACAACCUUCCGCCUUGGUUGUGUAUGAAAAGAAGGUUUAUCAUGCUUUCGGUACUAAUAUCGGGAACGCCUGGAAACGAUAUUGAUGUGUUUUUGGAUCCUUUGAUUGAUGAUCUACAACUCUUAUUUGAAGAAGGAGUUGAAACAUAUGACGCCUAUGCACAAGAAAAAUUUAUCCUACGUGCAGUUGUUUUAUGGACGAUUAAUGAUUACCCUGCUCUUGGUACACUAUGUGGCUGCCCUUAUAGUGGAUUCCAUGGUUGUGUAGUGUGUCGAAAAGAAACUCAAUGUUGUAGACUUCCUUUCUCAUCCAAGCAGAGUUAUGCUGGUCACAGAAGAUAUCUACCAUAUAACCAUCCUUUCAGAAAGCAAACGAAGGCGUUCAAUGGAAAACAAGAAUGGGGAACUACUACAAAUCCUAUGACCGGGGAAGAAAUAUUCAACGAGGUUAAAUACGUUAAGAAUAUAUGGGGGAAAGGAUUUAAGGAUAAAGUAUCAGGAAUCCUAGAAACUUCUACUGGAAGAGGGGGGAAGACAAUUAAGAGAAAAAGGAACACAUCAAAAGAGUGUGAUAGUUCAAAUUCCGGACAUAAAGAACCGACCUAUUGGAAGAAAUUCAACAUAUGGUAUCGACGACUUAGGUAUUGGCGGUAUAAUUGUGUCCAACAUUGUAUUGAUUUCAUGCACAUUGAAAAGAAUGUGGCUGAGAGUAUUGUCGGAACAUUGCUAAACGUUCCAGGAAAGACGAAAGAUGGAUUGAAUGCUCGAUUGGAUCUGGCGCAUUUUGGGUUAAAACAAGAGUUGCAGGCUAAAAAACAAGGCAACAAAACAAUACUUCCUGCAGCAUGUUACACAUUAACGAAAGAUGAAAAAGACAAGUUUUGUGAAACAUUAUACAACUUAAGGGUUCCACAAGGGUAUUGUUCUAAUUUUUCUAGUUUGGUGAAUCGAAAGGAUAGGAAACUUGUGGGACUUAAAUCACAUGAUUAUCAUAUGCUUAUGCAACAGUUUUUGCCCAUUGCAAUACGGUCUAUCAUGCCGGAACCCACAAGAUAUGCUAUUAUCAGGUUUUGCUUUUUUUUCAAAUCAAUAUGUAGCAAAGAAAUCAGGGUAGAAGAACUAGAUAAGUUGCAAGAAGAGCUUUGUGUGACACUGUGUCUGCUCGAGAAAUAUUUUCCCCCAUCCUUUUUCGAUAUUAUGAUUCAUUUAACUGUGCACCUUACUAGGGAGGUAAAAUUAUGCGGGCCAAUAUGCUUUCGGUGGAUGUAUCCCUUUGAAAGGUGCAUGAAGGUUAUUAAAGGGCAUGUGCGAAACAAAACUUAUCCAGAAGGAUGCAUUGCUGAGGAGAAUAUUGCAGAAGAAACAAUUGAGUUUUUCAGCGAAUACCAAAAAAACAUGAAGACUAUUGGCAUUCCACCAUAUAAGUAUAAGACAUCUGAAAAUGAUAACGGGGAAGGAAAUCCUUUGUCAGCCGGUAAACCAGUUCUGGUUUCUCCGGAACUCUUCUUGAAAGCACAUUUCUAUGUUUUGCAAAAUACGCCCGAAAUUGUGCCUUAUAUUGAACAACACAUGACCUUUUUGAAAAACCGACAUGGUGGUAAACCACAAGCGUGGCUGGAGAAAGAGCAUAACACAACGUUUGGUCACUGGUUACGUAACAAGGUUGAAAAAGAGUUAGCGGUUUCCACUGAAAGUAUAUCAGAAACCGUAAAGUGGAUUUCACAUGGAGCACACAGCAACGUAUUAAAAUACGAUGUAUAUGAAAUCAAUGGAUAUACAUUUCGUACAAAAGCUCGUGACGGUGGAGUUUACCAAAACAGUGGGGUUGGUGUAGAGGCAACUGACAUGCACAUUUCUAAAGAAGUAGUAACCUACAGAAAAAACUUCUAUUAUGGGGUAUUACGAGAGAUCUGGGUACUAGAUUAUCAUAUUAAAAGAAUUCCUCUUUUCUUGUGCGACUGGGUUGAAAAUAGAAACGGGGUCAAACAAGAUAGUCUUGGUUACACGUUGGUUGAACUUAACAAAUUAGGCCACAAGGAUGAUCCGUUCAUUUUGGCCUCACAAGCACGACAGGUGUUUUAUGUUAAAGACCAGCUGGAUAAAAAAAUGUCUAUUGUCUUUAUGACACCUCCCAAAAACUAUAGAGAUUCGUAUGACGACGUUGAUGAGGAAUUUAGUACUGUAAUUUUUCCUCACAAUGAUAAUAUAUUGCCACGUGUAGAUCCACUUGACAUGGGUAAUGAAUCCCGCGAUGAUUAUUACAGAACCGACUGUAACGGUAUAGUUUUACGUAAUGCCGAUUGAAGCAUGUCAUUGUUAUCAUUACAUUAGUCAUUUUCUUUGUUUCUUAUUUAGUGAAUAAUAUGUAAAAAUGCUGAAUUUUAAUGUUUUGAAUGAUAAUAUUAGAACCUUUGCCUA